AUGACCAUAGUUUCAAACGAUCCCACUUGGUGGCCGUCCAUCGAUGCAUACCGUUUUGCCAGCUAUUUUGCAGUUGCUGCCUUUGUUGGGGUGAUGUAUGAUUGGGCACUUACAUUCGGACAAGAGGUCGAAUUGAUCUGGAGGCAACGCUGGUCCCUAAUGACAUUUCUGUAUCUCAGUGUGCGCUAUCUUGGAAUCUUAUAUGCUGUCCUGGCCGUCCUGAGUAGCGUUCCAACCAUCCCGCUGACAGAUACAGAUUGGACGUCUACUUUGAUAUUUCCAAUGCUGUGGGUCAUUAUGAUCACUCGCUUACAUGCCAUGUAUCAACGAUCCAGAAAUAUGCUGAUAUUUCUCAUUGUCACCUUCCUGGCUGACAACAUUUUUAACGGAGUGGUCAUCAUAAUGACAACGAUGCAUGCUUCAGGGGAGGAACUCAUUCUCUCCGGUACUUAUCAGUGCUCAAUUGGAUGUGCAAAAGAUGGCAUACUUCUGAUUUCUAUCACUUGGAUACUUGCCACCGUGUGGGAGGUCCUCGCACUGUGUCUGGCAGUCUGGAUUGCAGUAAAACACUUCCGUGAACUGCGACAACAUUCGGCAGGAGGAAUUAUUGGGGACUGUUUUACGGUGGUUGAACAUGGUAGCUUUGUUGCUGUUUCUAGCUCCGAGCUCAUUAUCAAUUUCUCUCCAACAAUCUCAGAGGACCUAAAUCCCAUAGAAACUCGGGCUUUUUAUGGCUUGCUUCAAAUUUUGAACGUUGUGCAGAUGUUUGUGCUGGGACCACGCCUGAUCCUUGGCGUUCGAGAAUAUCACGCCAAGCUCAUGGCUGACUCCGACGCAGUAUCUGGUAUGACCUCAAUCGCUUUCCAGGAGCGCAUGCAUAUAUUGACUGGCCAUGGUGUGUAA